AGGCAAGAUGGUGGUCAAGACAAACGAACCUGGAGUUGGCUGAGGCAUAAACUGUUGUUUAAAGAGCAUUGGUUUCCACUUAAUUGACAGACUAUCGACAAGGAUCCCAGCGCACGUUUAUUAGGCGUAGGGAUAUACGGUUAAAUGUUGUAAGGUGGCAAUGGCAGGCCGGAGGGAGGAGUGCUUGUGGAAGAAGCACAUCGCGGAGCAGCUCAAGCUAAGGGACCGCGUGCAGAGGCAGGCCUUCGAGGAAAUCAUCCACCAGUACAACCGUCUUCUGGAGAAGUCUGAUCUGCAGGCUGUGCUCUCUGAGCGGCUGCAAACGGACAAAUAUGACCAGAGCAGACACGACCUCAGUCCGGGGUCGGACGCCAGUCGCAAUGAUGCCCUCAGUCAGGAAAUGGCCCAGAUGCGCAUUAAGCAUCAGGAGGAGCUCACCGAGUUGCACAAGAAACGUGGAGAGCUUGCCCAGAACGUGAUUGAACUGAACAACCAGAUUCAGUUGAAGGACAAAGAGAUCCAGAGCAAUGAGGCCAAGAUGCUGGAGUAUCAGCAGCAGAUCUCUGGGCUGGAGGGCGAGUGUCGUGAGCUGCGGAGCCAGCUGCAGGACCUGGAGCGGGCCAACCAGACGCUGAAGGACGAGUACGACGCCCUGCAGAUCACCUUCAGCGCCCUGGAGGAGAAGCUGCGGCGCACCACCGAGGACAACCAGGAGCUCGUCUCGCGCUGGAUGGCCGAGAAGGCCCAGGAGGCCAACCGCCUCAACGCUGAGAACGAGAAGGACUGCAGGCGUAGGCAGGCCAAGCUGCAGAAGGAGCUGGCAGACGCUGCCAAGGAGCCCCUGCCUAUCGACCCGGAUGAUGAUAUCGAGGUGCUGUCUGAAGAAGCUGGUGGGAAGGGGCCCGGCGAGGCCUCCCCUAACCGACCCCUCAGCCGCACACCCAGUAAGCGCAUAUCCCAGCCACCCCCUGGGCUCCUGGACUCCAUCUCCAACAUAUUUGGCCGCUCUGAGUGUGUGCAGCCUGGACACCCCCCAUCUUACUCCAGGCGUCGCUCGCUGAACUCGUACGGGAGCUCGCCGGAGAACGCAGAGAUGGCCAGUGGAUCCAGUGUGGACGUCCGGGUGCCUUCAACCGCCCUCCACAUAUUUGAUGCCCAUGAUGGGGAGGUGAACGCUGUGCGGUUCAGUCCAGGCUCCCGCCUGCUGGCCACUGGGGGAAUGGACCGCAGAGUCAAACUCUGGGAGGUUGUCUCAGGUCACUGUGAGCAGAAAGGGGCGUUGACGGGCAGCAACGCUGGCAUCACCAGUAUCGAGUUUGACAGCGCGGGUUCCUACCUACUGGCCGCCUCUAAUGACUUUGCCAGUCGGAUCUGGACUGUAGACGACUACAGGCUGAGGCACACUCUCACAGGUCACAGUGGGAAAGUGCUCGCGGCACGCUUCCUGUUGGACAACGCUCGCAUCGUCUCCGGGAGCUACGACCGCACGCUUAAACUCUGGGACCUGCGCAGCAAAGUCUGCAUGAAGACAGUGUUUGCAGGCUCUAGCUGUAAUGACAUUGUCUGCACUGAGCAGUGUGUGAUGAGUGGCCACUUCGAUAAGAAGGUCCGCUUCUGGGACAUCAGGGCGGAGAGUAUAGUGCGUGAGCUGGAACUACUGGGCCGGGUCACGUCACUGGACCUGAACCCUGAUCGGACUGAGCUGCUCGCCUGCUCCCGUGAUGACCUGGUGAAGAUCAUCGAUCUACGGACAAACGCUGUGCGACAGACCUUCAGUGCUCAGGGGUUUAAGUGCGGUUCAGACUGGACCAGAGUGACCUUCAGUCCGGAUGGAAGCUACGUGGCAGCCGGUUCUGCAGAAGGAACCCUGUUUGUGUGGAACGUUCUCACGGGAAAGCUUGACAGGACUUUGGACAAAGGCCAUAGCUCUGCGGUCAACUCUGUUUCCUGGUCCCCUUCUGGCACCUUUGUGGUCAGCGUGGAGAAGGGCAGCAAGGCAGUACUCUGGUCCGACAUGUGAUUGGCUGGCACCUGCGUCUACUCAGUUACGAUUGGCUCAGCUCAACUCCAGCCCAAACGGCAGUGAGCGAAAAGACGUUUUAACAUGAAGCAGGCGUGGCCUGGCCUGGCGUGGCCGAAGUCGUUCGCUCCUCACUUCAGCCACGUUGCUGCCUCCUGGCUUGUUGUGAUCGGACCUCUGGUGUUCUCAUAAUCAAAGGGCGGCUGAACUGACUUGUGCGUAAAAUGAAUGCUUGGUUGGGGUCUUUGGACGAGGCGGCCGCAGUUGGGUGGUGGUGGUUUGAGAGAGAGACACACACACACACACACACACACACACACACACACACACACACACACACACACACACACACCAGUAUACAGUAUGUGAUCUAUACCGAUAUAACUCCAACAUACAGCACACUGUCUUUCAUAAAAAAGGACACCAGCCUUGUCUUUUUUCCCCCCUCCCGUUUUAUUUGCCACUUCAGAGAUACAGCCAAUGUUAAACUUAAUCUGUGUCUGUAAAACUUUUGUCUGAUUUGUGUGUCAAUAGUUUUACACUGCUUAAUAUGGCCAUGGCUCUUAACUGUGUGUGUGUGUGUGUGGCAUGUUCAUUCCUUUCCGUUUGUUACUGAAUAGUGAAAUGUGAGGUGAGCGAAUGUUGUGUUGGGUGUGUGUUUGUCUAUCUAUGUGUGUGAGGGCGAGAAUGUCAUUUUUGGAUGUUUGCUUGAGUGUAUUUGUCCCGUGGUCUUUGAAGUCACUUAUACUCUGCCUUAAUCAGAUAGUAACCGAGACCUCCCUGCUGAGGUCAGUCAGCUGUGUCCUUAAGGCCCCUCCCCCCCCCCACACACACACACACACACACACACACACAAGCACAGUCCCGCUUCCCCAUAUCUGGCUUGUGUGUGUGUGUGUGUACAGUCUCCCAGAUCCCAAAAUGCUCCCAGCUGAAGGAAAAGUAUCAUCCAUCUUUACCUCAUUUCCUCCUUUUCCUCUUCAUCAUCCUCCUCCUCCUCUUGAGCUCCUUGGAAUGCAGUUUCUAAUCAGCACUUCUCUACAUCGACAUCACUGUAUAAAAGCCCAGCUUUAGCCAGCAGUGUGCCGCCACCCAUGUGCGUCAUGGCUUCUCUCCACCUGCAGUGACGUGAAGCUCAUGAGGUGUGUGUGUGUGUGUGUGUGUGUGUGUGUGUUUGCUAACCUCUGUGCAGGUGGGGGUAGCACAGUGCUGUUUUGCCAAACAAACGAACAAUUUAGGAACGGAUAGGUUAUGAGUUGACCAAUGUUAAGUAGAUUUAAAUGUUAGGCCAGCUAGGUCUGAGGCACUACAAAGCAGGAAGUAACUGUAUGUUAUGGCACUUGCCAUUGCUUGUGAAAGAUACUUGCACAUGACUAUUUAAAGUCUUUAAAAACAUGUUUCCUUUCCAAUUAAUAAUCCCUAUUAAAUAUGGACGAGAAGGCUUGGGUCCAUUUACCAUGAUUUUUAAAUCUAGGAAAACAAAAAUGGCCAACAACUUCUUUCAGACAGUUAGUCUUCAGGCAAACUAGGAAUGAACUUGUGAACUCGGUGUAAAGCUCUGUGUUGUGUAAGGCAGAAGUGUUUGUUUUAGGUAUUUAGGUAGCAGGUGAGGAGGUAAUACACGGCUUCAGGUAGGGCAGACCAGCACUGACCGCUGCCAUGUACCAGACUGAUAAAACUUUUUAAUUUUGAAAUUGCAGCCUGUUGUCACAAAACUUUGGCAGAAUAGCAAGGCUAAAGGAUCUUGUUGGACACUGCCACCCUGCCCACACAGAGGAUGUGCACAAUAUGAUACUCCUUGUGUUCAUUUUUUGUUUUAAAAAAAAAAAACAUGUUUCUUUAAUAACUUUUAGUUCUAAUUUUGAGGCACAAGUCACAAAUAUUACAUACCGCCACAUCCUACAGCCAGAAUUGCAUAUCAUGGCUCUGCAACACUGCAUGACCUUUUACAAGAAAACAAAGCUAAACAGUUUGCUGUGACAUCACACAUAGUCACCCAAUCAGAGAGUGGGGGUUGGGUCACAGAAGCUGUUUACCACUUUUAAAACACUCCCACCCCUAACUUGGCCAGCCUACCGCCAUUGGCAAAAGGAUUGUAUAACUCUUAAGUUAUGACAUGUAUAUGAAAUAUCCUCUGUAUAUGUGUGUUCAAUGUAUGCACAACAAUGAAAUGUGUGAGCUCA